AUGACGUGUGGAAGGGGCGGCGUCCUCCACCCCCGUCUCCCUAAUGUUGGAGCGCCUAUGUUGGUUGUGGCAUCCCAGGACUCAAAUCAUCCUAUGUCUGAGCGUAUUGUGUUUCAUGCGGACAAGCAAUCUCUGUGUGCCCAGGACCCAGAAUUUGAAGAAAGGGUAACAUUCGACGACAUUUUGGAAGAACUCGGAGGCUAUGGACGAUGGCAACGAUUGAUCCUGUGGCUCAUCGUGUUUCCGGCUUGCAUACCGUGCGGUCUACAUGGGUUCUCACAGCUUUUCAUGGUUCAGGUCCCACCGCAUCGAUGCACUCUCCCUUCCACCAUAGAAGACAAAAUCAGCAACCAUUCUCACUCUAAUUCCCUCUAUCAAGCCAUAUUACCCCGUCAAGUGAAUGGAAAUCCGUCAGCAUGUCAUGAGUACGACGCCACGGAAAAAGACUUGUUGUCCUUGACCCAUAAAACAAUCAGGUCACUAACACCAAAGAAUGUGUCUUGGGAGAGGAUCCCAUGUUCCAGAGGAUGGAGUUACAAUACAUCAGGAACGGAUGGCCCUAUAUCCAUUGUUGAUGAGUUUGAUUUAGUGUGUGAAAGGGAUUACUAUCCAGCCCUGGCACUGGCCGUCUUCAAUUCGGGAUCAUUCAUAGGCGUGGCUCUGUUUGGAUACCUCAGCGACAGGUGUGGAAGGCGUAAGACAUUUUUCCUGUGCCUUCUUGUCGAAGCGGUAGCAGGACUGGCAACUGCAUUAGUGCCAGAUUUCACGACGUUUGCGAUCGCCAGAUUCUUCGUCGGUCUCACAAUCCCCGCAGUCUGGCAGAUACCCUUCAUCAUAGCACUAGAAUUCGUGGGAGCCACAGAGCGGACGUUUGUCACCAUUAUGACCUGCACCUGGUUUACGUUUGGACUUUUGGGUCUGGCAGGGCUGGCAUUCGCCUUUCCUUAUUGGAGGGACUUGGCUUAUGCCACGACUGUUCCUCUAUUACCACUCUUCCUCGCUUAUUGGUACGUACUACUGGCGCAGGAGAGAUUUCAAGAGGAAUCCGGAUUCCGAAUAGAGACAAAGAACCAUUCUCGACCUGGCCUCCUGGAUUUAUUCAAAACUCCGAAUCUCCGCAAGAAAACUUUACUCAUUACAUUUACUUGGUACGUUGAACAUUCAUGCACAUCUCUUGUUCGCGAAUCAGACAGUUUACGUAGGAUUGAACUACUGUGGACCUGCAAUGGGAAGCAAUGCGUACGUAGGAUUCACCUUGUCUUCAGCUGUGGAACUGGUUUCCUACCCUCCAACUUACCUUGCAAUGGAGAAAAUAGGACGCAGGUUACCAAUGGCAAUGCUGAUGAUAGCGGGAGGUAUGAGCGCCAUCUGUACCGUUUUGAUGCCACAAGGCAAGUUUCACUGGGAGGGAAAAAUGGAAAACCAUUUGUGAUAAAGACGAAGCUUAAACCUUGCCAACAAAAGGACAACCACGAAGUGAACCUCUUUCUGAUAAAAAAAAUGCACAGGGGAGGAAGAGCCAACUCUGGUAUUCUGAGCAUCACAGCCUCGUUCUUGAUCAUCUACCCAUUUGCGGGGGAGCUGUAUCCAACGGAGCUGCGAAGCAUCGGAUUAGCAUUGGGGUCCUACAUCAGCAACCUGGGACUCAUCGCCGUGCCUUUUAUCGUCUACCUGGGAGUGGAGAAUCUUGUUCUGCCUCUGAUCGUCAUGGGAGUUAUUUCCACUGUGGGUGGGGUCUUUUCGCUUCUCCUUCCCGAGACUUUGAAUAAACCUUUGCCUCAGACCCUAGAAGAGGCCGAGGAGUUCGGCAAGGGCUGGGGGUGGAGAAGUGUCCUCCGGGGUGAGAAGAAACUCAAGGUCCUUCCUGUCUCCUCCACUCAGAGCACGGAAUUGGACAUUUUCUGA